CACGGCGAGAAAAUGAUGGAUGCGUCCUCGAGCUCACCACGAUCAAAGAGAGUGUCAACAUUGGCCACUAUCUGACUUUCCUGACUUCCCCAUGGCUUGCGAUUGAAAAAAAUUGAGAAAACCUCACCGACAUCCCCUGCUUCAGGGGUCUUUUCGCGCGCGUGGAACUCAUUUCUUUUUCCACAGUACCUAACAAGCAGCAUCAGUCCCCGAUUUCUCUCACACCGCUUCAGCAGACAAGAUGGCCUUCAACUUCAACUUCGGGCCGCCAUCUACACCCGGAAAGGGACAGGGUCUCUUUGGCAAUGGAUCCGCGACUCCAGCUCAAGCACCUCCGUCCGCCUCCAACUCUUUCACUCCGCAAGGCCCUCCUCCGUCUACCAUUCACGGAGGGAGCACUAGAUCGCAAGAUUUCUCCCCAAAGCCGAUCUUCAAUAGAUCCGAACUGUUAAAUGACAGCAUUUUUGGCUCCUCCAUCGACUCUCCCGAUUUCGCAUCUCGAACAAAGCAAAACACGGCGCCUAUAUCCUUUGGAGCGUCGCAAUCCUUAUUUAGCGUUUCUGGCGGCACUCGCUUCGGUGAGUCGACCAAUUGGGGCGUUUCGAAUGGUUUCCAAUCAUCACGGAUGGAGGAAAGGCUAGAUCAGGAAGAAGAGGUCGAGGAGGACAAUGGUCCGAUGGAAGAGGAAGAAGAAGAGGAAGAUGUUCAAGAACAGACGAGCAAAACAGCCGGAUCGGGCGCCAACUUUCUCGACACGCAUAUUGGCAAUACAGGGCCUCCGUCCUCCGUCCUAUUGCAGCGAAAAUCGAUCUACUCGAACCCCGGAGAUGCAAAACGGCCCAAGCUCGACGAGCGGUGGGCGAGCCAGUCACCCUUGCGCAAGGCGAAACUUUCCCCUAAGAAGGACUCGCCCAUACCGGCUAUCGUGCGGACCCUUGCGUCACGAGGUCGUGCUACGACAGCGGAGGAACCAAGCUAUUUUAUUCUAGAAACCGAGGAUGAAAUUUCGCGGAUGUACGACGAGGUGAAACAGGCAGAGCAGUACGGACAGGUGGAAUUUGAGAACGCUCUAUCAGGGGUUUGCAGCCGGCUGUCUACGGUGUGGAAGUCACCCAACAGCAAUGACCCUUCUCGGACGGGAACAGGCAUUGGCCCUGGAGACGGUGCCCCGAACUUUGUGAAGGCAAGCUUCCUAGGAUCACUGUUACUGCAGCUUCAUCACCCACCCUUUGCUGCUAGUAGACCGCCAAGUUUUCCUAAUUUCGGGUUCGGGGGACCGCGUGCGUUGAUGCUUGCCGGCGGAUCGGACACACCUGUUGCCGUUCCUAAAGUCCUUUUGGACUGGCUGGAAACGCACGCCGGUACAUCAGGCGAGCUUCGAAGUCUUGCACAGACUGGACCUGAUCCUACAGCAUCUCCGAACUUUUGGGAGAUAAUCAACGCUGCUGUCCUGCGAGGCAAGCUCUCAGAGGUGGCGAAGAUUUUACGGUCGGCUGAUUUCAACUACGCUCGUUCAGCGCUGGAAGAUGGCCUAUCGCAGCCAGGGUACCGUGGAGCACAGCUGCAGAACAUCCAGAGAUGCAUCAACAGAGUGCUCCAAGUGUUGGAAUCGUGCCCCAGCGUACAGCAUGACGACUGGGACGUCCGUGGUGCGGACUGGGUAGUGUACCGAAAGCGAGUUCUAGCUGCCGUGUCCGACCUGGAGGAGUUCGCGGAAGGAGACGAACAGCCUGCUCCUCAGCCUGCUGCUACUGGCAAUGCGUUCCAGGCGAUCAAUUUUGGGCUAGGGCCAGCCCCCUUCCAAGGCACUUCCUUUACAGAGUCUGCUCGUAUGGCAGAGAGCAAGGUGCCGUGGACCAUCUACCAGAAUCUCCGAGUGAUUUACCGCGUUCUCCUUGGCGAUCCGUCGGCUAUCAUGAAACUCGCAGAAAAUUGGGUCGAGGCUACGAUCGGCCUAACUGUCUGGUGGGAUGGCGAUGAUGACGAGGUCAGCUACUUACAUCGCGGGCCCAAACCGUCUGAAGAUCCCUAUCUUCGCCGUUUAAAUUUGGCGUUUGGCAGCGCGACCAAUGCGGAAGCGAACGAGAAGGGCUUCAGCAUCAAUUCGCUCAGCGGACUUGAGGCUGGUCUGGCUUCAGUUUUUGAAGGAAAUGUCGAAGGAGUGUUAGGAUUGCUCCAGACAUGGUCGCUGUGCGUAGCCUCUGCCGUUGCGGAAAUUAGCGCGGUCGGUGGCUGGCUGGAGACGGGCGGUGUCAAGCCACCGUCCGGCCUCAGCGAGAAUGACCUGAUGGUGCUCUCGUAUGGGCAGGAGGAGGUGACGGACCGUCGCGUCAACAAAGAUGAUGUUCUCACUGCGUAUGCUUCGGCGUUGUUUGAGCGGCGGUCAAUUGAAAAUGAAACUGGCGCUCGUGAAGGAUGGGAACUAGCACUUGAGGUGCUGAGUCGACUCGAUGACCGUGAGAAAGGGCAGAAGAGCGUUUCCGAGUUGCUCGAUAAGCUUCCGCUCGACACGGCGGAGCAGAUGGACAAGGUUGUUUUGCUUUGUACAGAAUUGGGUUUGGACAAGGAGGGCCGACGAGUUUCCGAGCGUUAUGGUGACAUGACCGUUUCCAACUCGGAAGAGUAUGGCCUUGCACUUGUUUGCUACGCUCGUGCACAUAACCGCCGGAAGGUGCGGUCUGUUGUCGACCUACUCAUCUCUUACAGUCUCGUCCACUCCAAGGCAUACCCCGCGACAAACAACCUGGAUGACCAGCUACGGGCACUGAUUCGAGAGCCCAAGACCUGCCUUCAGGCAAUUGCGUUAGCGGACGAUGAGGCUGCUUCAAUUCUACAAUUUUACUUUAGCGGCUACGCGACUCUGCGGCGGUUCUACGAGACGCGCGAUGAAGCGAUUGGACUUCCUGAAGGGCACAAGCCACGGUACAAGCCACUCGCUAGACGGCGGGCCGCCGCACAGGCGCUGGUUGCAGUGAUCAGUAGUGCUGCGGACAGUAUCUACGGCGGACUAUAUGAUCCCGAUCGCGAUUCGGCUAUUCAAGUCGACGGGCUGUUGGCUCUCCUCGGCGAGGCUCUUCCUCUAGUUCAUGAAAACUCAUCGAUUUUGACGACAGCUCAGCAGUUUGCGAUCCUAUCUGCUAUCGAAGAUCUAGAAACGGUUACACCUCGCGUCUACGCACAAUGCGAAGAAUGUUUCCGAUCAACGCUCCUCGAGUACUCGUCCUCGAAACACGGGUUCUCUGGGAAAUCAGACUCCUUCGUGCUGCCACCAUCACCUCGAGCCCUUCUGAAAAAAUCUGUUUCAUCGCUUACCGGCUCCAGCACAUUCUCAAUCAUCGGUAGUGACAUGCUCGAGUCAGCACGCACACGGUCGUUAUCCGGGUCAGCAGAAGGGUCCGGGGUGCUCGUGCCUCGGAGCGAAGGGGCGGUAGGAGCCGAGCGGGAGUGGGACUGGCGGACAGGCCUGACAGAAGACGCAAAGGGCGAAGACAUACUCCGCAUGUUGCGGUUAGGACUGGCGGGCGGGCUGAGCUUGGGGGCAUUGGGCCGGGUGUAAUCUCUACAUAUUCUAUCUUGGGAAUUUAUUUAGCAUGGCUGGCAUGGCAUGGAAAGUACUCCGGAGUAGUACAACGUUUGUAUGUGUCGAUGUGAGUCUCCGGGGGAUUGACAGCGACUGUGCGGCUGUUACUGGUGCUGUUCUACCAAUUUCCGAUUUGUUCCAAUAGUUAGAUAUUCCGUCAUAAUUUGCCUCUGGCGAUCAUCUUGCAAGUCUUCAGCCUCACUGGCCCUCAGGAACCCAAGGGCGGGGCAGGGCGUGAUUGGCCGGGCGCAGAUGCUGAGCCAUGAGUCAAAAUAGAAGAAUCGCGUUAUCAUGACCGGCGCUGAAGUCUGCUACAAGAUGAAACAGAGGACAGAUUGCACAAGGCCGGAGCAGAGCACAAGGUGCCCCCAGUCAUCAUCACCGUCGAGCCGUGACUAAGGCAGCCGGAAUCAGGCACGCUCUUUGUCAACGAGAGUCAUU